GAGUUGCUCUGCUAAAGUGAUCUUUAAAUCAAUUAUUUAAAGGUAAAACUGCAGACAAGAUCCUCUCCCAGUACAAGAAGCAGCUACAUUUCCAGAGAGGGCUGUACACAGCGGCAGGAAUUUGUGCUGGUUUUCUGUUUAUUUAUGAUGCAUCAUUUAAAGAGCUGGGGAUUUUAUUUGAUGUUAUUUUUUGUUUGCCAAGGGAGGGGGUAGUUUCAUGGCCCUGCGUUCUCCCGGUAAUACACCAAGCCUCUGAAGGUUUAAUGACACUUCAUUAUCCAGCCCUGAACCGCCCUCUCAAAAGAUGUAAAAAGCUCAGAAAUCACCAAUGAUCUUUUUCCAUAUCGCGAUAACGUCUCUCUUAGCUUCCCAGUGUCUGCCUGCUGUUACCAGAGUAGCUGAACAUCUCACAAGUUUUUGAAACUAUUUAUCUGGGAAGUUUUAACAAGUUUACAAAUCCUUGGGGGUAAACACCAGAAACAAAACCAUCACUGCCCCGGUGAGCUUUGUUAUACAGGAAUAUAGUCGUGGGCUCUUCCGGUCUAAUAUGGCAUUGCCCUAUUGCAGAAUGAGUGGCAUACGACACUUGGAACAGGCUGUUUGUUGUAUCUCACAGUGGUUGAUGUGUUUAUCCGCACCCCCCUGGGCAGCAGGGAAGUGCUGGUCACCCCCGAAACGAGGCACAGAAAGUGGGGUCAGGAAGGUGCUUAGGCAUGCAAGUUUCAGGUUUAGGGGCCUAAAUCCAAGUCUUGGCUCCACUAUGAUCCACAAAACUCCUGCUGAGCCUUGUAGGCACCUAAACCUACCCGGGCACCUAGGUUACUGCCUCUGGACCCCAGCCCCACCGCCUCUGUCUAGGAGUCUGGGCGCCCACGCCCAGAAAGGCCCCUGGACCGGGAGCAGACAGGUGGUUGGCUGUCCCAGUUGUGUCCGGGCGCACCGCCUCGGUCAGGUCCUGUUCAGAAGUGGGCUGGAGGCGCAGCAGCCUGUGCCCAUCUUAUAACUUUUUGCCCUGUGGCAAGAGCACUCAAGUGGGAUAUGGGAGACACAGGUUCGAUUCCCUCCUCCCCGCUAGAGGGAGAGAAAGGAUUUGAAUGGAGGGGAAGGGAGAGAAGAACUUUUACGCAGUAAAUAAAGGAGUCCAGGACCAUCUCGGGAGCUCCUUGGGCCGAGGGAUUCAUGGAGUCACAGAUGGCCAGAGAGGACCAUUGUGGAGAUCUUGCCUGACCUCCGGGAUAACACGGGACGGAGAACUCCCCCACCCCUUAAUUCCCAGAGCGGAGCGUUUAGACAGACGCCCAGCCUGGAUUUCAAAACUGUCCGGGACGCUGCUCCAACAAGUGCGGCUCAGGGCAUGGAUUCGAAGGCAAUUUGAUGCAACUCUUGGGUGGAUCUGGCUCGGGGCCAUUUCCCAGACCUGCCUGCGAUAUUAACACCGAUGCCUGGGAGAGCCCGUCUGAGUCUGAACCGGGAGCUGGUAAAGCAGGUGGCUUCAGGACGGCUGUAAAUACAGGCUGGCUCCUACCUACCCUACACGCCUGCUCACGCUUGGCUCUCCCGGACCCUUAACCUCUUUGUUCGUGUUGGGGGAAGGGAGCCUAAACACUCCAGGGCCUGGUCCAAAGCCGGUUGAAAUCAAGGGGAAGACUGCAGUGGACUCUGGAGCCACGCUGGCCCAUCUGAGCCACCUCCGAGCUGAGCUUGCGGCUGGGUUUCCAUUCAAAGGCCAAUGCUGGGUUCCCCUCUAGACUCCACAAAGAGAGACGGAUUGGCCUCAGAACCGCCCCACCAGGCGUCAGCUAUGGCAGGUCUGCAGACCCUGCAGGAGGCGCUGGCUGUGCUGGUUUGCACUUUCCAGCGCUAUUCCAAACAGGAAGGUGACAGAUUCAUGCUCAGCAGAGGGGAGCUGAAGGAGCUGCUGGAGAAGGAGCUGCCCAGCCUGGGAGAUGUACAAGUGAAGGAAGGCGCCUUUGAGGAACUGCUGAACAUCCUGGAUGUGAACAGAGACAGGGAAGUUGACUUCCAGGAGUACAUCCGCUUCGUGGCGGUGGCCUGCACCUUAUGCCACGAGUUUUUCUUGGACUCCCCUGUAGUUCUGCCACGUGGACAAUAAACCCACCCAGCUGGCUCUGUACAGGGCAUGAAUACAAAGCAGGAGAGCAAAAUUAUAGGUCUGGCAGCAACCAUGCAGCUACCUGGGAACCUCACGCUGGGAAAGGUCGUGGUGUGUCAGGGAUUGAACUCACGUCUCCCUGACCCAAAUAGCACAGAGCCACUUCCUUGAGCUAAAGGAGACUUUCCAUCAACUCGCAGCAGUAGAGCACUGUUUCUCAGUCCUGGAGAGGAGGGUCAUGAAAGGCAACCAGGGGGUUCGUGAGGCUUUGAAAAAUUUAUUACAGUCUAAAGCAAAGCAAAUCUCCUUUCCCCACUCCCAGCAGGCCCUGGUCCAUCCAGUGAAGUGCGCUCUGUCAACCUCUCGAUACACACCCACACGAAUCAGUUAUUGGCUUAACUUAUACACUGUUGUACUCUUGCUUUCAUAGUGAAUGUGUUGUGUGCUGGGGAGGGGGGCGUCACAUACAUUUCUGACUGAAUGAGGGAUUGCCAGCCUGAAAAGGUUGAGCAACGCUGCAGUACGGGGUUUAUGACACACGGUUGAACUGAGCUGAUUGCAUCCAGCAGAGGGCAGCUGCACUCCAACCCCUAUACGAGUUCAUGACAAGAAAUUCCCAAACAGGAUUAAGUUACACAACCCUGAAUUCCACUGCACAGUCCUUGCAGUUAUGAAAUAUUAAUAAUUUGCAUCUCAGUUUAGUUAAAUAAUAUCAUGAGCAGGGCUCCGGAGAUGCACCAGUGUUUCCAAUCUCAGAGGGGUUUUUUGGCCAUAUUUGCCCUGUUCAAAAUUGACUGCCAUGAGCACGGAACGUGUCCAGGGCUAACAGCUUAGUCAGGACCAGUUCCUUCCGCCACGGCAGGGUCAUCUCCACUGCAGCCGUGGUCGAGACGUCUCUGGGUUUUCUCUCCUGACUGUGGAUUUUCUUCGCUUGU